GGGAGACGCGGCUCAUCGGGCACACGUCCUGCCCCCCGGAGCCCCGCGGGCACAGUGUUGUCCUUGCCGGGGUCACCGUCACGCGAGGGAGCGUGAGCUGGAAUUUCGGUGGACGCGUCCUCAGCCCAAGGCGCAGGUCCCAGCAGCCAUACCCACCGCCACGCCUGUCGCCCCAGCAUCCCAGCCAUGGCGGGAAGCUCUAACGUGCCCCACAAGAUGUCGCUGCCCGAGGGCAUCCGGGUGGGCACCGUGAUGAGGAUUCGCGGCGUCGUCCCGGAAAAGGCCGGCAGGUUCUAUGUGAACCUGCUGUGCGGCGAGGGGCCGGGCGGGGAGGCUGCCCUCCAUUUCAACCCGCGGCUGGACGAGUCCACGGUGGUCUUCAACAGCCUGGAGCAGGGCACCUGGGGCCGGGAGGAGCGCGGCUCAGGCAUUCCCUUCCAGCAUGGGCAGCCCUUCGACGUGCUCCUCAUCGCCACCGAAGAAGGGUUCAAGGUGAGUCCCUGCCACCCACAGGCGCGGGCGCCCAGACCCCCGCCCCGCCUGCAGUCCAGGCAAGCCAGGAAGGCUCUUGGUGGAGGUGGGGAGCAAAGGCCCGGCCAAGGCGGGGCCCACGUUCGGUCCGUCCCUCUUCUUCUUCCCCUGGCGCAACCCCACGUGUGCCCGAAGGCAGGGGUGUGGCCGUGGCAGGGGCCGGGCGGCAAGAGCCCAGCGCCCAGAGGGUGGGUGGCCCCUAGCGGGAAGCGGGGCCCUGGUGUCCCGGAGCAGGGGCCAGGAUGGCUGGGCGACUGGGCCCGGACGCGCGUGUCCGCGGGGAGUGGUCGCUGCACAGCGUCCAGCACCCAGGCCCUUCCCCACGUUCAGGGCGAGCGGCCGGAGGGAGGCCGUGGACGCCGCCGGCGGGGCCGUAACAGCCACCGCCUUCAGCGCGCGUCCGCGCCAGACAGGUGGCCCAGGCGGUGGUCGGCGACUCGGAGUACCACCACUUCCGCUACCGGAUCCCGCCGGCGCGCGUGCGCCUCCUGGAGGUGGGCGGGGACCUGCAGCUGCAGUCGGUGAAGAUCUUCUGAGCCUCCGG